GGAGAAGGUGCGAGGGUGUCUAGCGACGUGGCCAAGCCGCUGAUUGGCCGAGAUAAACCCACCGCGCUCACAGCAUGGUACCUGGGUUGUGAUGGCCUGUAAGGAGAAACCACCGCCCGAUAGGACAACGACCUCGCGAUGGGAGCAUAUAGAGAGAGGCACUGCCCGCUGCUCAAGGCCGUGCUACCCGCUCGCAUCCUUCCAACGGUCUCGCCGGAACAAUGAAGUACUCUUUCGUCGCCUCCCUGCUUGCCUCCAGCACCGUUGUGCUUGGUGAGCUGGUGCCGGUGCACUUCAAGGCUCCCAGUCCAGCCCACUUCCGCGACGUCGUCCGCAACGACACGUACGAUUUUGGCUGCAGACCGGUUGCGCAACCCACUGAGGAUGGCCAGUUUCGCCUGGCUGCGUGGUUGAGCGAGCCCCAGAUCGUGGAGCUUGAGAAGUUCUACGAGCGGGACGCUGAGAUCUCAAUCAAGCGCCACCUGGUGAAGAGGGCAGCGAAUGCGCCCAUUGGAACCGGCGACCGUUUCUCCUCUGGCACCGUUGCUCCCAAGGGUCUUGGACAACAGGCUUCGGGCACCACCAUUGCGAGCAUCAUGAACGUGAACGAGAUCACCUCGGCCCUCAAUGCGCUCAAGAGCACCUACGGUGUCAACCUACUCACGCUGGCCAGCAAGACCUUCGAAGGCCGCACGCAAACCGUGGGCUACGUAGGCGCUGGCACAGACAAGUCGGCAUACCAUCUCUACCUCAGUGCCGGUAUCCACGCACGAGAGCGCGGUGGUCCCGACAACCUCAUUUACUGGAUCUCAGAUCUGCUAGCUGCCAAUAAGGCCGGCACUGGCCUAACAUACGGGCAGAAAACGUACACCAAUGCGCAGGUCAAGAGCGUCCUCACCGCUGGUAUUGUUUUCUUCCCUCUCGUCAACCCUGACGGUGUCGCCUACGAUCAGGCCAACGGCAACCUGUGGAGGAAGAACCGCAAUACCAAGUCCGGCAGCAGCGGUUCCUCUGUAGGUGUCGAUCUCAACAGGAACUUUGACUUCUUGUGGAACUUCAAGAAGUUCUUUGCCUCCAGCGAGUCUCCAGCAUCCACAUCUCCCUCCUCCGAAACCUUUUACGGCACCGCAGCUGCCUCUGAGCCCGAGACCAAGAACCAUGUAUCCGUCUACUCCAACUUCCCCAAGAUCCGCUGGUUCAUGGACAUCCACUCUGCAGUUGGGGACCUGCUCUACAGCUGGGGUGACGACGAGGACCAGACUACCACCUCUACCAUGAACUUCCAGAACAGCGCAUACGACGGCAAGCGCGGUCCCGUCGGCGACACCGCCUACAAGGAGUACAUCCCUUCGCAGGAUCUGACCAACAUCAAGAACGUGGCGUCCAAGACCGUUGCAGCGAUGAAGGCUGUCGGUGGACGCUCAUACAGCUCCCAGCAGGCCGUCGGUCUCUACCCCACGUCUGGCGCUACUGACGACUACGCUUUCAGCAGAUACUGGCAGGUCUCUGGCGCGAACAAGGUCUACGGUUAUACGCUCGAAUUUGCGCCCUCGGGCAACUUCUACCCUACGCUUGCCGAGUUCAACACGAACAUCCUGGACACCAACGCUGGGUUCAUGGACUGGGCACUGGCUGCUAUUGCGGUCGGUCUUGAGUAGCUGUAUAGUGAUGUUCAAAGUAACAUAAAUACUGAAUUUUAAUUCAUGAAUGACUUCACGUUGCAAUUUCCCACAAUAGACCUCUAAGGAAACCUGACGUCUAAAUGGACAAAAGUCCAUCCGCGGUCAUCACUGUACUUGGUUCACUCCUUGAAGGUGCUUGCCUGGAGGUAGGCGAAGACUGAAACGGCAGUCGCUCCGGCCACAACGCCUAGCAUGGCAGAUUUAGUGAAUCGUCCCACAGUAUAACCAAUAACACCAGCAACAAGGAUAGCCCCAGCCAUUCCUGCUACAAGGAGACAGU